CACUAAAAAAUUCACCAAUAUUGGCGAUAAUGUCCUCCAAAUGGCAAACUUAAAGCUGGACCAGCGUCGCCAUUCGUGGUGCAGGACUCUUAUUUAGCAGUGACUUAACACCUCUUUCACAGAUCAGUCCGUUGUCUCCCGUCUCCUGUGUACAGACUUCGGACUAUUAAAAAGAUGGAAAAAAUAUCAUCAAAAGACAAAUUGAAGAAAAACCUGAGAGCUGCCUUCAGAAAGAAAUUACCGGCCGACCAGUACACAACAACUGUAGGAUCCUAUUGUGAGUGGGACAGGGACGUCGAUUUGGGACCACCAGACUUUGUAGAGGAGGCACCAGAAAAUGACAAGUACAUUUACAACUAUUAUGAUGCCCUGCAGUACUCUCUGUAUGAAACAAACUUUCCGGAAACGGUGGACAGAACGGAGGAUCCCAGAGAUUCCCCACCUACCUCAGGGAUUUCCAUCGUAGUUAUGUCGUCGCCCGUGGAAUGCAUGGCAAUUUUACUGGAGGGUGGUCGGCAGUGUCCUGGGGAUAUGCUUCUUGUCAUGUCAAAGUCGUGGAUCACAGUCGUUCCUAGUGACUUUGACCCCACCAUGAAUAGCCUUUACGUUCACAAAGCGAUAUCCUUUGAUACGGGAGGGAGGACUUUUAUUGACGUCUUCGAUCCACCCAGAAGAGUGACAUACUUCAUGAAUUUCUUCACACGGGCCAUUACAGAGGGCCAAACUGGUGAUGGAGAGGAUUUAGAGGUGAAUCUCGACUGCCCAAUGUCCAGCUCGCUAAAACUGGUCAAAAGAACAGACGACAAGUUGUUUACGCGGAUUCUGAUGGCUGAAGCAGGUGUAGCCUACCCAGAAACUCUCGCCUUUGGUUACAAAAUCCCCUACCCCUACAACGUACCAAACGAUGCCAAUAUUAGGAUUCUUAAGAUAUCGACCAAGGAUGGCGUGGAUAACGUUAUACAGGAGGAAGUUCUAUCUUUCUUAAACAGACUUGAUGACGGCGUGGACAGGAUUGUAGUGAAACCAUCUGGAAUAAAGUGGCAUGGAAGUAUGGGGGUAUCAUUUCACAACAGGAUGGAUUCCAAGGGUAUUUGUGAUGCAGCAAUUCUGCUGCUUCAGGCUUUAGACCCCGGAGACGGUCUUUUAGUAGAGGUGUUUUGUGGCCCAUGUGAGGAAGAUAACGCAAUGAAGGACUAUUCGUUUCGUCUUCGUGCCAAUGUCUGUCGAGGACCGGGAGACGUACCAUGCACCACCACUCUUAUCUGUGGUGUCGGAAAGAAAAAUGAACCAAUCAACGGCGACAAUACUGUGCCACAGUCAUUGCAAACGACUAUGAUCCAGUGGGGUCUAGCGGAUGAAACGGAACGCAUAGUAGAAACGAUUAAAAUAGGAUCUGAGAAACUCCUCCAACGUGUAAUAAACCACGAGAAUACGCUUACUUUGGCCGAAAGGGGAUGCAUAGGAGGGCAGACAGACGUCAUAGGAAUUGACUAUUUCCUGAGUAAGAGGGGUGAAAAUUACAUCCCCUACGGAAUAGAGGUCAACAGUCAUGACUGUACCAUCAACUGUCAACUCUACGAGUUCAUAAAUCCCUCUCAAACUGGAAAGUCAGUGGCACCCCUGGUGGAAACAAUGAUAGAAAGAUCUCAGAAAUUCAUGGUCCAGGGUAAAGUUGUUCUCGUUCUAAACUUGGGGGUGAGCAGCAAGAAAUUUAUACUGGAUGCUGCCAUCAGGGACAACAUUAGGGUUAUUCUCGUUGAUACCUUUCCGGAAGAGAUGGCUCCCAAAGUCAGCAAGUACAUUCGAUACGAUUUCCUAGACCAUACACGAGACGAAGAUCAUGCUCAAAACAUCAUUGAGAUUCUUCAAAAGCGGGAAAUCGUCAUUGACGGCUGUGUCACAUUCUGGGAAGAUUGCGGACCCUUAGCUGCCAUCAUUAACGACAAAAUGGGUCUGAUGGGUGCAGGGGUAGACGGAGCAAAGAACGCAAAAAAGAAGUCUAAGACACACCAAACGCUAUAUAGCCGCACUGGGGACAUCCCCCAUUUUCCUAGAACACACUUGUACACAGAAAAAUGUAUUCAUGUGGAAAAAAGCGAGGACCUACCAUCAGCCGUGGCAGAUAUAGGCCUCCCUUGCGUAUUGAAGCUGGAGUAUGGCUCCAGUGCAGUUGGUGUAAAGUUGUGUCACGACUUAGAGGAAUGUACCAAAUACUUCAACACUCUUCAGGACCAGCUAACCUGCGAGUCUGAUUUUCCAGGGAUUGGUCUUGGGCACGGAAACAGCAUGAUGGUCAUGAAAUGUCUCAAAGGGACAGAACAUGAUGUAGAUUUAGUGAUUUACAAACGUAAGCUUAUAGCAGCCUUCGUAUCGGACAACGGUCCCACACGACCAGGUUCCUUCACAGAAACCGCAGCAUGCAUGCCAUCAUGUCUCCGUCCAGAUAAAAUUGGUCAAAUCAUUACUGCAGCUUACCAGUGCUGCACGGAGGUAGGAUUGAUCAACGGUGUCUUUAACGUAGAAAUGAAGAUGUCACCAACGGGACCGAAACUUAUAGAAAUCAACGCAAGAAUGGGCGGCUUCUACAACCGACACUGGAUCCUGAAGUGCUAUGGAGUUGAUAUGGUCAGAUGCGCCUUCUUGAUAGCCUGUGGAAUAAAGCCUGUUCCUCCCAAAGAAAAACCAGCUUGCCAUAUCAUGGGCGUGAUGUGCGUACCCUCUCUGCAUGCUGAAGUCUUCAAAAGCCAGAUUUGGAAGGAGACAUUCCAAAAUGCCCCCGAUAUUAUAUACACUCCUAUUGAAGAAGAUCUGAGCCAUGCAACUUCAGAGACAGAAGAACCAAUGUGUAAUAUUGCCGUUUGUACUGCUAGCAGAGCUUUAUCAAAAGAAAAACUUUUGAAAAUCUGCGAUGCUUUCAAAGUUACAACCGAGGAAUACGAUGUCCCACACUAUGUCUCAGAGUUCAACUGAUGGACAAAAAUGCUGUUUUUUGUAACAUUUUUCAUGUU